CCCGCCUCUGAGGUGGCACACGGCUCCCUCUCCGCACGGCUUGUGCAGCAGAUACAGACAGAUCAGCAGCAGCAGCAGAAGCAGCAGAGGAUCCGGACAGAAACGGAGUGGCAGGAAACAGGCGUGAGAGCAUCCACGCAGCAUCCCCGCAGAAUCCGCGCAGGGCGUGUGGACGUGAUGCCCACCCGGAGAGAGAUGGUGUAAACAAAUCCAGCUUUGCCCCGUCACUGAGCUCCACCGCGGAGGUUGUCUGCCACAAUGUUGAGCCGUCUGUUCAGCGAGGUGCUGCCGGACGUCCAGCGGUUGGCGGCGGACUGGGUGCAGGACAGCGACAGCGACGGAUGCAAGGUGAAGGAGGAACGCGAGGGGUGCCACCUCGGAGAGGACGAUUUGGACGAGCCGCGGGAGGGCAGCAGCCGGGCAGAGUCCGAGAUGGCCGAGGACGACGACGAUGAGGACGACGAUGGCGAGGAAGAAGAGUGCGGGGACGAAAACGGCGGGGAUAAACCCAAGAAGCGCGGCCCGAAGAAGCGCAAGAUGACGGCGGCGCGCGUGGAGCGCUCCAAGCUGCGGCGCGUGAAGGCCAACGCGCGGGAGCGCACGCGCAUGCACGAUUUGAACUCGGCGCUGGACAACUUGCGCAAAGUGGUUCCGUGCUACUCCAAAACCCAGAAACUCUCCAAAAUAGAGACUUUGAGGUUGGCCAAGAAUUAUAUUCUAGCCCUCGGGGAGAUUUUACGCAACGGGAAACGUCCAGAUGUGGUGGCCUACGUGCAGAUGUUGUGCAAGGGCCUGUCCCAGCCUACUACCAACCUGGUGGCGGGCUGCCUGCAGCUCAACACCAGGAACUUCCUGACCGAGCAGUGCGCGGACGGAGCCCGCUUCCACAUGCCCAGUUCUCCGUUCUCAGUCCACCCCUACCCCUACCGCUGCUCCCGCCUCUCUAGCCCUCACUACCAGCCCGGAGCCGGAGCUCUCAAUGUGCGGGGCCCUUCCUACAGCGGCUCCGGGUAUGAGGCCGUGUACAUGCCGGGCGGGACGUCCCCAGACUACAACAGCCCGGAGUAUGAGGGCCAGCACAGCCCGCCGGUGUGCCUGAACGGCGGCCUGUCCGGGAAGCAGCAGGAGUCCUCAGACACAGACAGGAGCUAUCAUUACUCUAUGCAUUACUCCGGACUGACCACAUCCCGGCCUAAUCACGGCCUACAUUUUGGACCAUCGGGAGCGCGCAGCGGAGGCGCGCAUUCAGAAAACAUCCCACCUUUCCACGACGUCCACCUGCACCACGACAGGGCGCCGCCAUAUGAAGACCUGAACGCUUUUUUCCACAACUGAGCAGCUCAGAAAAGGAGGGGAGCAAACUACAGGCUCACCGACUCCACAGAGACAAUCCUAAAGAAAGCGUUUAAUAUUAAAUAAAAAAAAA